CACAGCUUGUUGUUUUGCUGCGCCAGCUGGUAUCCACGGUUCUGGGGACUCAUUGGUGUUACCUUGACUCCUGUUUUACAUUCAGUGCCACCAUCUUUGGUUCCUGGAAACUCGGGCCUAGUGGGUGAAUCCUGCCUUGACUGAUCUCCUUCUCAGAAACCCAGGGGUCCCCUCGCCUCACUCUUGCAGAAUGGCAAGCAGCAGCAGCAGCAGCAGCAACAAUAUCCUCAGCUCUGAAUUCAUUGUUGGAGGGAAAUAUAAACUGAUGCGGAAAAUUGGAGCGGGCUCCUUUGGAGACAUCUAUCUGGCUGUCAAUAUAACCAAUAAUGAGGAAUUGGCUGUGAAGCUAGAGUCUCAGAAGGCCAGGCACCCCCAGCUACUGUAUGAGAGCAGGCUCUAUAAGCUUCUGCAGGGUGGAUUGGGCAUUCCCCGAACCCGCUGGUAUGGUCAGGAAAAAGACUAUAAUAUCCUUGUCAUGGAUCUGCUUGGACCUAGUCUUGAAGACCUCUUCAAUUUCUGUUCCCGUAAGUUCACAUUGAAAACCGUCCUGAUGUUGGCUGACCAGAUGAUUAGCAGAAUUGAAUAUGUGCACACCAAGAACUUUAUACACAGAGACAUUAAACCAGAUAACUUCUUGAUGGGUAUUGCACGUCCGCGUAAGGCAGGAGGGAAGAGAAAAAGAGGCGGGGCAGCUGCUAACAGGUCUCAGGACCCAUCUUUUUCAGGGCUAAACCAGUUAUUCCUUAUUGACUUUGGUUUGGCAAAACGGUACCGAGAUAACAGAACAAAGCAGCAUAUACCCUACAGGGAAGAUAAAAAUUUCACUGGCACUGCCCGGUAUGCCAGCAUCAAUGCACACCUUGGCAUUGAACAGAGCCGUCGGGAUGAUGUGGAGUCUCUUGGUUAUGUCCUGAUGUAUUUCAACAGGAGCAGCCUGCCCUGGCAAGGAAUAAAGGCUGCAACCAAGAAGCAGAAGUAUGAAAAAAUUAUUGAAAAGAAGAUGUCCAUCCCUGUUGAUGUUCUGUGUCAGGGCUUUCCAGCAGAAUUUGGCAUCUAUCUCAACUACUGCCGUGGCCUUCGCUUUGAAGAAACACCUGAUUACAUGUAUCUCAGGCAGCUAUUUCGUAUUCUUUUCAGGAGCCUGGACUACAAGUACGACUGCAUGUUUGAUUGGACACUAUUAAAGCAGAAAGCAGAGCAGGAGCAGGCAGCCUCUUCUUCUGAGCAGGGUCCGCAGAUACAACCCCCUCCAGCACCCAAAGUAACGAAACCAAGAAGAGUGACAAGAAGGGUCUCCAAGCAGGAAGAGGAACAGAUGAAGUAAAGCUGAUGAUCCAGAGUUCAACUUGUUAUUCCGCAAAUCAGGAACUCUUAGUUCAUACGUAUACUUGCCAAGUGAUUGUGGGCAAUCAUGUACUUGUUGAAAAUUUACCUAAUUUCAGCAUAAAUUGACUGGUCAGCAUUAGUGAUAAGUUCUAGCCACUGUAAUUGUUAAUAUUGCAUUAACUAUAAAUGUUAAAAUCGAUAUAGUGAAACUUGGUCCUAGUUUUCUAUUGCAUUUUUUUCUAGUGAAAAGUUAACUAAAUGUUUGACGUACAGAUGGUGGAAAAUCAUACCUAUGACAAUUUUUUGAUAUUUUUUCUUUUGAACUGUACUGUUUUGAGAUCUUAUUUCAGAAGUAUAGCAUAAAGUUUUCAACUACAGUUGUUAUAAUUGUAAAUGAUCAUAAUUGUGCACUCUAAGGGUAUUUACCCUCCUUGGUGUUUCAAAGUUGUAAACGUAAACAUUCUCAAAAUUGUUGACUUCAAUGUGCAAGCCAGCUGACAGGGUAGCAACCAAAGAUUCCAGUUUUUAAGCAUAUGAAAGACUGUGCCUGCUUACUGUGCUAGAAAUAACACCAUUUAAAAUGAAGAUUCAAGAAAAACUUAGUGACUACUAGAUUAUCUUUAGGAUUCUGCAUUAACUCUAAUGUUCUUGGUUUAAAAAAGAAAAGCAAUAUGUUUGUCCCAGAAAUUUAGUUAACAUCUUAGAACUGAACAUAUGUGCAAGUUACUUAGAUAAAUGUAAGUACUGUGAACAUCUAUAUGACCUGGGAUUUUGUUUUGAUUUUGAAACUGAAAAUUGUUUGCUGUAAGGAAAAUACUUA